CUUCGAUCGCCCGCGUGCUUGUUUCUAAUUCUUGUCCCCGAGAGUCCCCCACGCAAAUGCAGGUUCUGAACCGCGUCACAAUCAGUCAAACAGUCUGGUGCUCCACUAGCUUGUGUGUGAUACCAACACACUCGAUACCUAACCUUCGCACGACCUAAAGCAAGCUGCGAUUUCUGGUGUGUCGAUUGGGGCAGUGAGAAGGCACGGGACAGAGAACGCAAGCCACACAUCGGAGGGUGACUUCUAUGACCUGUAAACUCUGCUCACAAGAAGAGUCCAAGGUAUCAUCGGAAUUCGUCAUGAAUCACAUCCGUCGUUGUCUCCCACCUCCACUGCAUGCUUCAAGACGUUCUUCAGUGACGGCGGCCUAUGUUUGGAUGGCGCAUAACCGCGAAAACCUCUGGAUCUCCUAUGCAUGCCAGCUCCUGUCUCUCUCAUAAUGAAUGCGUAUCUGACCUACCACAACAGCAAUGUGUGGGGCUGGGUCCUGUCUUGAAAUGCGUUUCCUGUCCUGUUCGCACGCACGCAUCUGACCGACCUCUUCCGCGUCCUUGUCCUCCUUUUGACUCGUAUCGUGCUCUCACGUCCUUCUCAACCAAGAUGACCGGCGCCUCCAGUCCGCUACACCCCUGGAUCUUUCUGCAGCUCACGGUGCCCAGCGUUCUUGACCUAUCGUUGGUCGCAGCCCAUAUGGUCUCGAAGCCCCGUGUGGAUUCCACAUCUCUGCCUUCUCCGCCAGGCGCUCGCAGACAUGGACGUGUCCCAGCCCACAAAAGACAUACAACUGCUCGUGCGGGAAGCAGCAGAUGCAGCUCGCUCGCUUGCACUUAAGUAUCAAGUAACGGGCGACACCAUCUCAGGCUAUCUGGCCCAUUCACACGAUGAAGUGCCGAAAAAGCUGCGUACGCUGGCGGAAUCGGUCCACGGGGGACCGCUGUGUGUUAUUACGCCAGUUGGAGAGGUCCAGGAGGAGCAUAGUGUGCAGGACGUUCAAGCGAUCGUCGUUCAGCAGGACGCGACUUUUACGAAUGUCUGCCGCAGAGUGUGGACCGUAUCACGAACUCAGCGGGACUUUCCGUGUGGGCGGUCGAAGCAGCUGCUACUUGGUCCCGGGACACAUGUGGCGAAGGGAAAAGGAUGGGCUCCUCACGAGGCUGGAUGAGGCGGUUGUGCGCUGGCUGCUAUCGUCUUUCGCUGACGAGACAGUAGCGCGACGGUGCAUGCGAUGAUCAUCAUUUCUGCAUGUUAUCGACUACAUUCACUCGAAGAAAGCAACGUGGUCAAGCCAUGCUCCUUGCGAUGCAAUCGGUGCUGUGACUCACAUCAGCCUGUGCGGUUACAGCUUGAAUGGGGUGCGUCACGUCGAUCGCUACUCGGAUAUGAGUACAAUACAUUAUACAACACGCCGCGCAAUGGCGCCUGGAAGCUGGGAGAAUACAUGCCCGUCGUGGGUUGCCGGUGACUACACCAGAUCGACCUGCCAAUGGUUAUCACCGUGUCCCACCUGCCGAUGCAGCCCAGCCAGCACCGUCCGCCCCAACAAGUGGUCGACGAUCCGUGCACCGCCUCCGCCCUCCGCCGCGAUGCGCUGCUGGGCAUACGGCACCGCGUCCGCGGGCGUGCCUCCGCCGUCCGGCCUGCGCAGCUCGGCAUGCAGGGUGCUCAGCACGUCCCCGACCGUGACUGCCGCGCCGGACCCCGCGUGCGAGCGCACCUCGAUCUUGGCUUUCACCAGCCCCGUGUCGACGCGGAGGAACAGCACGUCCGCCGGGGGGUCGCAGGCCGCGGUGUCGAGCAGGGCUUGGUGCGGCCCGAGCUCGCUGCGGAACGUGCGGGACGGGAGGGACAGGUCGAGCUGCAUCACACUGAGACACGCGUUGAUGGUCGGUUCCGUCGCACCGCCGUUGGCUUCGUGUUCGCCGUCGUCCUCGUCUUCGUCGUCCGGGAGUGGGAUCGGUUGCGAGAUGAGCGGGGUCGGCGGUGUCGUUUCCGCCGGCUUGUAGAGAGGUGGAGGAUUGGGUCCGCUCCAGCUAGUGGGCGGGGACGAAGAUGCCCAAGACGAGCCAGACCCGGCUGAGCUCUGCCGCGUAUGGCCCACUGUGAACUCUUCGACAACGGGACUCCAGCGCACUCGUUUGCGGUCUGGGCUCGGAGUCAUCGUCUGCCUGAGGGAAGAGGACUGUGGUGGUGGUGGUGGUGGUGGUGGGGAGGGAGUGCGCGGAGAGUACAGGCUCUCGUGAACAC